AAAAAAAAGAAAAUAAUAUUAAACUAAGGUAAGGGUCCGCUGUUAAGGAGCAGCAAUGGCUGAGUCUCAGCUUCAGUGCAUGGAGGACGGGCAGAUCGGCCAGAACGUCCCGGAGAACAGGCCGGAGUUCUACUACAGCGAGACGCACCGCGCGGCGAUCGAGGAGCUGCUGCGGAACGGAGACGGCGCGUUCAAGACGCGCCUCCGCGCGGACAACGUCAAGGACUUUCUGUCGGCGCGCGAGAUCAAAGCGAUCAACAGCAGCGUCGAGCAGUACGGUGAGCACGAGGACAGGCAUGCGGACGACACGACGUCGUUACGCUCGACCUACUUCCCCGAGGUGUCCGACACCGAGGUGCCGCUGCUGGACAUCGGCUGGAUAAACUCGGCUGGCUUCUUUAGAGGCGUCACACGCGUCAUGGUGCACACACACCCGCCCAAAGACAACGGGCCGCACAUUAAAGAAGUGGUCCGUAGGCUGAUCCAAGAAGCGCACAAGGUUAUCGCAAUUGUCAUGGACCUUCUAACAGAUCUUCAGAUCCUACAAGAUCUUCUGGAUGCAGCGUCCAAGCGGAGCGUUUCUGUCUACAUUAUACUGGACAGUAAAGGAGGACCACACUUCCUCGACAUGUGCAGCAGACUAGAGGUCGGGCCUCAGCAUCUCCAGCAUAUCCGUACCCGCCUGCUGAGAGGUAUAGGAAUUGACCUGUCCUGUGGGAGGAUCCCUGGGAGUUUAAACAACAAAUACAUGCUUGUAGAUGGAGACAAAGUGAUGUUUGGAUCGUACAGCUUCUCAUGGAGUUCAUCACGUAUGGACAGAAACAUAAUCAUCAUUAUGUCGGGACAGAUUGUCGAAAUGUUCGACCGGGACUUUAGAGAGCUUUACGCCAUGUCACGCGAGCUUAAUCUCUUCAAAGAGUUCAGCAUUACCAAGCGUAAUACAGCUCCAUCAACCCGGGUGACGGUAACAACAAGACCCACACUACCGGCCACCUCCCGCUUCCAAGUGAGUCUUGGAGAGAAGGGCACUCUGAAAGUGCCCGCCCAUAAAUACCACAACCCCAAAUACCUGUUAGCACUUGGUGGUCUUCCUGAAGACCUCACUUCACUAGAUCUAAUGAGUAAAAUGGAGGAAUCUCUCGAAAAGUUUGGAGGAGUUGGGAAUCCAGUGGAAGAAGAAAAUGAGAUGCUGGAAUCGCAAACCCCAAAUAUGUCUCGGAAGGAAGAAAAAGGUUCCAAAAUAUCAUGCGUACCUUCAAAGAAGAAAAGAUUUUCUUUCCUGCGAAAAUCUAAACAGAAAAGUGCGGGUAAAAAUGAGACAGGGGAAACGGGUGCUGGAGAUCCUGCUGCCUCCACUUCGACAAAUCUGAGAUCAACCACCAGUGCCAUGGAGGACAUUACAGAGAGCCCCGAGGAAUCGACUGCUGAAACGCCCGUGUCUGGGAAAAAGAAGAGUAAAAAGAAGAAAAAUAAAAAGAGCACAGAGCCACAAACUGACGAUCAGGCUUCAGAAAACAAGGAAGACAGCAAAAAGAAAUGUGUCAUCUCUUGAAGACUAAAGGGGGCGGAGCUAUGAAUCACACUUAGAAAAACUCAAGUUUCCCUUUACUCUGUCAAAACGUUGGGUUUUUAUGUUUGUUUGUUUGUUUGUUUCCAAAAUUUUACUUCUAGGUAAAAUACAUUAACUUUUUCCUUUAAUAUUACAGUAUCAACACAACCUCUGCUAGCAGAAUGACAAUAAGUCAGGCUAACUAUCCAAAAUGGUUGCCGGCGUAACAUGGUGUUUAACAACAGUGUGGUCUCCCAAAGCUAAAAAUAAUCAGAUCACUCAUCAGUAACUGUGCAUUUUUCUAUUAAGAAAUUUGUAUUAUAUUAUGGUUGAUAGUUUUAUCAUAGAGCAUCUCAUGGGCUAAAGCUAUUAUUAUUACGAAUAGGAACCUACAUUUUGAAAUACAAAAUUUUUG